CUUUGAGUAACUUUCAAGGAAUACAUUUAAGAAAAACUCAAACAAACAGCAGCUUAAACUAAAAAUACAUAUCUACAUACAGAUGAUUUAGAACUGUGUGCGAACUAACAAUCUUGAAUUUAUGGGUAUAGAAACUGAAGAAGUUGAACUGUGUUUGAUUUCAUGUAACGCUUAAAUAUGACCACUUGAUUGUUUUAGUAAUAACAACUUUGUGGUUUGUAGUCAACAAUAAACUAAUAACUAUGCUGCAUCAAACAUAGGCUCUCUUUUGAUUAUUUUGAGGCAGUUGUGUUUAGGCUAGUGUUUAUAUUGGGAACAGCAGAUGGCAAGUGUAGCUCCUGAUUGAAGACUUUGACACCAGCUCCCGAAUGUUAUAAAGCUCUGUCAUAUUUACAGUUUAUUAGAAGGAUUGGUGCAACAGUGUGUCCUCUGGUUAUUAACGAGUGCCCUCAAACCUCGCCAUUAAUGCGACCUCCUCCCUGACAGAGGCUCGUUAUGUGAGCGACAGCAGCGUCGGGUCUGAAGCGUCGGCUGGAGACGCGUGGAUCCUCCUGGAGGGUUAUUCUGGGAGGUCUCUCUCUCUCUCAGCAACAGGGGCUUCUGUGUUAACUGAGGCUAAAUAAACACAGAUGAACUGUCGAGCACAUUCACAAAAAUGUCCUGGCAAUGUCUGCACACGAGUCUGGACACCGCAGGAGCAGCGCGUCCCUCGCAGACACACGCAGACAUGAGCUCUGAGCAGCAGAAGACCGAGCUGAUGAGCGCUUCUGUCUUCUCACUGGACUUUUAGCGAUGAAGAACCCUCAUCUGAGCGAGAUCCUGCCGUCAGGAGACAAGAGACCCAAGCGCAAAGCGAGGGAGCCAGUGAGGCGCGGCAUGCCUAACGCGCACCGCGCGGCGGAGACGGAGACGGAGACGGAGCCAGAGACGCGCGGCACGCGGACCCUCGCGUCGAGGGACGACGGCGCGUUCAGUGCCGCGCUGGACAUGAGGAUCAACGCCGCGCCUGACUCCAGACUCGGAGAGCAGCCUGGCAGCGGCAGAAGCGUCGCGGCGCAGGAGCGAGCGUUGCCUCAGGAAUGGCCUCGGGAACGCGCCGUCCAGCAGACGCGCCGACUGCUCGCGAACGCGCGCGAGAGGACGCGCGUGCACACCAUCAGCGCAGCCUUCGAGGCGCUGCGGAAACAGGUGCCCUGCUACUCAUACGGCCAGAAGCUCUCCAAGCUGGCUAUAUUAAGAAUCGCUUGCAACUACAUACUGUCUCUGGCUCAGCUGGCAGACCUGGACUACUCUCCGGACCAGAGCACGCUGAGCUUCAGGGAGUGUGUGGAGCAGUGCACCCGGACGCUGCAGGCCGAGGGACGCUCCAAGAAGAGGAAGGAAUAAAAUGAAGAAAGUGAAGGUGGAGAAAGAAGGACCUCAGUCCAUCAACAUGAAGACGCUCUCCCCGUGCGGGAAAAACUGUGUAAUCAAAGUGUAAAGUGAUUUUACACUGCACUAUUGACUUUACUACAGCGAACCGAGUCGAAAACAAAACCGCUCCAGGCUCUGAAUAAUAUGCUGGUCUACAACGUUUGCACGGCAGAAACACAGAUGAUGUGAAAUCAGCUCAUUUUCCAUUGUUGCAGCAGACUGCUUAUUUAUUUUGGUUUGUUUUGCAGUGUUCUUAAGAACUCAAACACAGCUGCAAAUUCUGUCAAAAAUGUCCUGCCAUGUGCAAGAAAGUGCACUUUUUAUUCCCCUUUUUGUAAUCCAUAUAAUUGUUAUUCUUUAUUUCAUCAAAUACAUCAUAAGCUAUCAUAUAAAUGAAAAUGCAUAUGAUAAAUUCAGCACUCAUCUCUUGUCUUCCAUUUGGUUUGUAUUAACAAUCUGUUCUUAAACAGGAGUCUAUGUGGCUCUGUCAGCCAGUCGCUGACUGUAUUUUAUAAAUGUAUUUACUGUUGAAAUACUUUGUUGUAAUUAAACGU